AUGAAAAUUUUUCUACUUUUUCUAAGAGUUCAACAAUGCUAUGAUAACGGUCAGACACUUGAAAAUGAUCCCAAUAAUAAUUCUAGAACAAAAAGUUUUGAAAUUCUUUAUCUUAAUUUUCCUAAAACUGUAGAAGCCUAUAAUACCAUUAUACAGGACAUUGUUAUAUUAAAACAAAAGUUGUUUCCUGACCAACCUGUAGUUUAUGAUUCUUUUGAAGAAUUAUAUGGUGUCAUUGAAUAUUAUGCUGCUAAGUUAUUACCUAAGCCGACAACGGACCAUUCACAAACAGUGUCUAAUAGUAGUAGUAGUAAUAUUCAAGCCGGUAAUAAUAAUCAUCCAAAAAUUCACAUGCCUAAAAUAGAAUUAGUCAAGUUUGAUGGGGAGGAUAUUGCAUUUAAAGCCGAAAAACUUAAUUAUUUGCUGGGUAGCCUUUCAGGUAAAGCUUUAAAAACUUGUAAUAAUUUUGAAGCCAUUCCUUCCAAUUAUGAUUUAAUUUGGCAUUUGUUAGAAGAAACCUAUAAUGAUAAAAAAUAUUUAGACAAUUUAUAUUUAGAUCGUUUAUGGAAUUUUAAAGGUCUGUCUGUUAGUAACCCUUCUAGUUUACACACCUUCUUGGAAAAAUUUGAUACUAAUGUAACUGCUAUAAAGCGAUUAAAUUUGAAUGAUUUACAGGAUUAUAUUUUAUAUUAUAUUGCCAUCUCCAAAUUACCACAAGAAACUAUCAACUCAUUUGAACUAAUUAGACCCAAUGAUGAUGUACCCAAAUAUGAUGAAUUAAUAAAAUUUAUUCGUCACCAUAGUCGUAUAGUUGUUAAACCUGAGAAAACUAGAAAUUUUCAUUUACCUCCAUAUUCUUCCAAAGCCAACGAAUAUUCGAGAUAUUCUAAAACCUUUUUAACUCAUAAUACCAUGCCUAAGUUUAGUUGCCUUGUUUGCCCUCAAGAACAGCAUUACCUAAAGGACUGUAAUGUAUUUAAAAGUUGGCCAUUUGAUAAAAAAUUUAAAUUGGUAAAGGACAAAAAUCUAUGUAUUAACUGUUUUUCAAAUAAUCAUAGAGUCGGUAUAUGUCCUUCGAAAUUUAGAUGUUCACAAUGUCAUAUGAAGCGUCAUACACUGCUUCAUAAAGUUAAUGAAUCCUCCAUCGGUAAUUGCGCUGAUGAAGUUAUACCAGCACACGCUAAUACAAGUAACUCCUCCCAAAUUAACCCACAGCCGGGUUCUCAAAGUUCCCAAAUGUAUUGUACCCUUUUAAAUAAAUUCAAAAAUAAAAGCCAAAUCGUUGUUUUGAGUACUGUUGUUGUACGAGUGAUUGACAAAUGGAAUAAAUUCCAAAAUGUUCGUAUGCUACUAGAUAAUGGAUCUAUGUCUAAUCUUUUGACGAUGGCUUGUUGUUAA